AUGGUCUAUGCAACAAGGAAGGAGCUAAAAGAUGCGAUGGCGCAGAUCCGAGUGAAGUACCCCGGUGCGAGCGAUUUCUAUGAAGACAUCGAAGUACACUUGGACGAAUUCCAUAAAUGGGAGCGGAGCCUCAAAUUGGAGAGCAUUUUCAUUCGUGCGAUCAGCCUACCGGAAGAUGACGACGGCAGUGGAAUACACGUUGGACGGACUACCUACCACUGGGGAAUCGUCAAAGACGAUGGAAAUCAAAGAAAGUUUGAGUACGUUCACUACAAACCAAAAGCUCGAGACAAGCCUCAACAGCGUCUUGAUCUCAAAGACAGGCAGUUCAGAAGGACUCUCACAUACGAGCACUACCUGCGCCUAAAGGAGACAGUGGAAAAUUAUGGAUAUGAAUUCAACAGAAACUACUUCGUGCCGGAUCCUGACCCAGAUAUCCUGGACGGAGAUGUGCCACAUGUGGGACGGCAGCUCAGGAACAUGAGAAGCGCUGCAGAAUACGAUGCAGAUAUGCUUCCAGACACAUUGAGUGAUUGCAAGAUUUCAAUCUCCGAUCGUUACAAUGAAUAUCUUCAGGAAUAUCACGAAUCUGGCAACGAAUACUUCUUGUAUCGCGCAGACUUUUGGAGAAAAUUGAAGCCAGAAGACUUGACCUUGGACCAUCAACUUCUACUUGCUGCUGACUACCAAAACUGGAUCAAUGGAUACUUUUUGGAAAAAAUGCUCCGCGAGGAGUACACCGAGGCGAUCGGCAGUCUUUAA